AUGGUUGCAUCGAAUUCGAUUGAGGAUCUGUUCAACAUGCAGGCGAGUUGCAGGUUAUUUGCAUCUGCAUGCAAUUCCGACGCCGUGUACAGGCACACGUUAGUGUCGGUGUUGCCGAUCGCCUGCUUCCUCGACUACUCCGGUACGCCUGCAAUGACAUUUCUGCAUCGAUGCGCCAGAGCGCGGAAUCCGGCCGCUAUGCUCCGCGUUGGGUUGUCUCAUUUAUUCUGGUGUGGCCACCGCAGAGGUGGUAUGCGGACCCUGGCCGAGGCAGCAGAGUUGGGCGAUCUGGAGGCCUGCUACAUCGCUGCGAUGCUGCUUCUGUCGCUUGGUGACAAAACAGAUGGUGAGGUCCGCCGUGGAUUCAAAUUUUUUUGCGUCGUUCGUGACUCCGGCACAGUCAAAAGGUGCAGGGAGGUCUUCACGCAGGUGUUCGCCGGCCCGUGGUCUGAUAUACCCCCGGCGAACCCAGAAGAGUCCGUGUCAUGCCGUUCCAGUAGUUGCCGUACCCGUGGGACCAUUGGUGAUGACAGCGAUCUGUCCAGUGUGGCGUGUGUGCAAUGCCUGGCCGAAUACGAGGUGCGGAAGUUCUUGGGGACUUAUUGCGUUUAA